AUGAGCGAAGAAGACAUCAAACUCGCACAUGACAUUGCGCUCUAUCUACAAGAGACCUACUAUCCUGAGGAUACGGACAGGCUCGAGCAUUUCAAGAAGGGGCUAGCACUGCUCAUCAGCGUUUCGCAGCUAUGGACCUUGAACAGAGCAGCCACAUCUACUGUAAGCAACCAAAUCAUGAGCCAAAUCAGAAGUGCUUCCAACGUCGACCAACUAGGCUUGUGUUGCCUCAUCAUACACUGCAUUGGUGAUGCGGACUGGAAUGAGCGCUCAAUCGACCACGACAAAGAAUACUACGGGAACAAGGGGUUUCACAUUCAUCCGGUCGUAUGGAUGUUCAAGAUCAGGCCGAUGAGUCUCAAAACCAUUGGUGCACGCGAGGAAUACGGCUAUGCGAGCGAGGGCGCUAUGUUCGGGCUGCUACGUACAGAGCAACACAACUGGCGACUUGCAGGUGACAAUAAGGAUAAUGUUGACCAGAAGAGUGCUCUCAAGCAGUUGCAACCCUAUGGCAUUAUGUCAACUGCCAUCAACUCCAUCUUCCGUCAGAUCAAGAGCGCAAUCACUUCCACCAAAAACAACCCGAAGGAAGCUGUCACACCAGCGGAUCUUCAAAGCAUUGCGUCUUCUUCAGGUUACUUAACACCAUCCGUGACAUCUGAAAUGACGGCCCCAUCGCGUGGUCAUAGCUUCGUCGUAGUUCCUGGUGCAAGCCAGGACUCAUUCUUGCUCACUGUUGAUGUAAGCACAAUGCAGAAAGACGAUUCUAAAUCGAGCUCACAAAUCCAGUCUCUCAGCAAAGCCAAACUCAUCGAGUAUUGCAUUGAACAGCUGUUCCUCGCACAGAAGACCACAGCGUUCAAGCACACUCAUCACGUCCUCAGCUGCGGUCUCGAGCUCCUCAGUAAGAUCUCACGUGAGUGGGAAUCUUCAAGCCUACCUCCCCCAGCGACGUUCAAAUUCAUGAUGAACAACGUGUUAGGUUGCUCAUCCGAGUCCAACCAGAAGGCUCUUUACCAUGUACUUAGUACACUAGUAGGAUACAGCUGCUGGCUUGAUGCCGACCAACACAUACAAGGCUUCAAGACUGCUCCGUUGUUGUGGGCCCUGCAGCUUGGUCCAAGAGGGCUGGCUCGUGGAUGGGAGGAAGACAAGGCGACCAUAGAUAUUCUGUAUCGUACGGAAUGCAGGUAUCUUGCAGAAGAUCACGAUGAAGCUGCUAUACGAGAUUUCAUUCAAGCUUUUCGAGCGUGGGGCGUCAAGAUGCGUCGAUUGGUAGACGCAGAGGAAGAUGAACCACGAUAUGUAGGUCGUUAG